CUUCUAUCAAGAAGCCGUACAAAGUCUAAAAUUUCAGACCGCUUAUUUGAGUUCAUAUGGUGCCGGCAGAGCAAAGAUAAUCUUUGGAAGAAGAUGUUAGAAUGUAUGAAGAACACAGGAUAUUUUGAAGAAAAAAAAACAGAUAAAAGUAAGAAUGAAGAGGACAAAAAGGAAAAUGAGAAAAAUAACGAAAGAGAUAAUAAUAAAGAUGGAUAUAAAGAUGAGUAUAAUAAAAUGAAUGAUGAGAAUGAUGAAGAAAAGAAUGAAGAGAGGGAUAAAAAUUCUGAUAGUGAUAGUGAGAAUAAUAAGGACAAAAACAACAAUGAGGAUAGAGAUGAUGAUAAUAGAAAUAAUAGUAAUUAUAGCAUCGAAGACGAAAAUAAAGAUGAGGAUAGGGAUAAUAAUAAUAGAA